AUGGAUGCAAAUGCACAACAUGCUUUGAUGGCUAGGCAAGCAGCUGGGAUGGUUGUUGUGAUGGUGACCUUUGUAGUAAAUAGGCUUAGAAGGAUUAGGGGAGAAGAGGCAAUCCCUUAUGGCCCUAGGACUCAUGCUGAGAGGCAUAGGCAGAGCACACUGCAAUUGAUGUACAAUUACAAGCAUCCAACACAGAAUGUGAUGGCUGCAGUGAGCUUUGACCUAAAGUUUACAUAUGUUCUUGCUGGCUGGGAGGGCUCAGCCCAUGAUGCACUAAUCCUGGCUGAUGCCAUUGAGAGAAAUGAUGGCUUCACUGUCCCUACAGAUGAGAUUGUACCAGUAGAGGAAGGUUUUCAUGGUGACCUGCCUGAGGAUGAUGAGGGAGAGUGGUUAUUUGUGCUUCAUUGCUUCUGUACCUUUUACAAUGGUAGGAUGGCUGCUAGUAAUGGUGAUGUCGAUGCUGCGUUUGUGCCUGCUGCUACCUUGAUGCAAGGUGCAGCGGCACUUGGUCAGCCAGCACAACCUGCUUUGGUUGACCUGUAUGGGGGACCACCUAAUGGUGAGCCUGCAGUUGCUGUAGGACAGCAAGGACCCAUGAGGUGGAAUAACAACACUUCUGGUUUUGUCCUAAUGAGGAUGGCCCAGAUUGUGUCUGAGGGGUCUAGGACUGACAAGACAUACAAAGAUAAGGAUGUCAAUGCUGUAGCUAAGGCUCUUAGGGACUACAGUGGGGUGGCUGUUAGUCCAACUCAGGUGUACAAUCAUCUGAGAAAGUGGAAACAAAAGUGGGCUAAGGUAGCCAAGUUGAAGGACCUUAGUGGGGCAACAUUUGAUGAUGAUGUCCAUGCCAUAAUGCUUGAGCAGGACCACUACCUUGGUCAUUGCAAGGACCACCCUAAGGAUGCUGAAUACCUCAACACCCCCAUCAGGUUCUACAAAGAGAUGGAGGCCCUCUUUGGUAGCACUUUGGCAACUGGUAGGUUUGCCUUAGGGUCCAAUGAACCAUUGGGGGUGAACAAUGCAGACAGUGUGGCUGCUAAGCUUGAGGGGCAGGACUUCUCUUGUGGUACUUCUGAGUUUGGGGAGGGCAGCAAGGCCACAACACCUGUGUUUGGGGAGGGCAGCAAGGACAACAUUGUAGGGGCUAAGAGGAAGAGGGCCAACUUUAGUGAGGAAGAGAUGCUUAUGAUGACCAACAUGACAGAUGCUGUCAACAAUGUUGCCAAUGCUAUGCUGAAAACAGGUGCUGCACAUGUCGAUCCAGACCUCUACCUUGCUGUCAUGGAGAUGGAGAUGUCUGACUUCUCCACUGAGGCCUUGAUUGUUGCCUACACCCAUCUCCUUGAGAACAAGGCUGUUGCAACUGGUUUUGUCAACAUGUCCACCCCCCAUAGGGCCAUAUGGCUGAGGACCUACCUGGCCAAGAACUACUAUUUGUAGUUCUGUCCAUGUUGUGCAGACAGCACUUAGAGGGGGUUGACUGUUGAGAAGUAUAGUUCCUCCACCUCCCUCCCCCACUCUCUUCUCUUUUGGGUUCCAUUUUGGCUAGAAACUGUGCAUGGUAGAUGGCUGACCAGCACCUAUUCUUUUGGGUUUA